AUGAAACUAUAUUCGAUUACAUUAUUAUCAUUUACUUGUUUUUUAUUAUCUUCUUCUGUUUAUGGAGUUACAGAGGAAGAUGUAAGUAAAUGUACCUCAGAUGAAGCACAACAAUCAUGUGGAAAUUGUAUUAAACAACAUCCUGAGUGUGCUUGGUGUCUAGAUCCAAGAUAUCCUCAUAUUGGAAGAUGUAAUCAUAAAAAUUUAUUUGCUGAAAAUGAAUGUGCUAAAACUCAUGUUUAUGCUCCAUACACAGAGAUGCGUAUUGCUCCACAAAAUAAUAUUCCAAUUGGUGGUAAACAUCGUGAUGGAAGGACAACUGUUCAACUUGAACCACAACAAGUUGUUCUUCGUAUGAAACCUGGAGAUGUAAUGGAAGUUCCAUUUAAGUAUCAACAUCGUAAACCAGUAUCUGGUCAUGAAGUUAAAGAUUUUUCUAUUCAAACAUCAGAUUUUAGAUCAUCUGGUAUUGGUAUUGAAUUUUAUAUUGAAUGUAAUGGAGAAAGAAUACAAAGUAGGACAUGUCCAGGAUUAAAAGAAAAUGAUAUUGUUAUGUUUUUUGCUAAAGUAACUGUUAAUGAAUGUAAAAAUUAUGGUGAUUUAGCAGUUUCAGUUGGUAUUUAUGGAUAUAAUACAGUAUCUGCAUUGUUUGUUACCUCUGUUUGUGGAUGUGAUUGUGAGAAAGUUCAAAAUCAAGAUACAAAAUCAAAUUUCUGUUCUAAGAGAGGAGCUUUAAUUUGUGGAGCAUGUAACUGUGAACAUGGAUAUGGUGGUGAAAGAUGUGAAUGCGAAUUUAAUAAAUAUGGAGUUUCUAGUAAUGAUGAAUUAAAUAACAAAUGUAAAGCAAGUGAAGACUCAGAAAUUUGUAGUGGAAAAGGAAAAUGUAGAUGUGGUGUUUGUCAAUGUACCUUCCACGAUAUUAUAAAGGGACGUUUCUGUGAGUGUGAUAAUAGUGCCUGUCCAAGUGAUGAUGAUGGAAGACUUUGUAGUGGAAGAGGUAUUUGUGAAUGUGGAAAAUGUAUUUGUAGUGAAGGAUAUGAAGGUGAAGAAUGUGGAUGUACCUCAAAUCAAGAAGCUUGCAAAGAAAACGAUUCGAUUUGUUCAGGAAAUGGUGUAUGUGAAUGUGGAAAAUGUACAUGUUCAGAAGGAUUUACUGGACCAACAUGUGGAGUUGACUCUCAUGUUGAUGAUGGUGAUGAAAAUGAAGCAGCUGAAGGUAAAUUAGAUCAAAAAAAAUCCUCAGAAAGUAGUGAAGAAAAUUUUGAAGAAAAAGGUAAAAAUGAAAAUGAAGGAAAAAGUGAAGAAAAAGAAGAAGGAGAUAAUAAUAAUGAAAAAAAAUCAUCAGGAGAAAAAGGAGAAGAAUCAACAUCAUCUGCAAAUGUAGAAGAUACUAAAUAUCUUUUAUACCUUGCAAUAUAUAGUGUUAUCUUCUCUUUAUUUUUAUAUUAUUAA